CUUGAAGAUCAGCUGGUUGUACUCAAAGGUUAAUGCCUGAAUUGGUGUGGACUUGUGGGAUUGACCUAUGAACAUUUGAUCCUACUCCCCCUACCAAAUCUAGUGACUAAUCAAGAAUAGCUUCUGAUAUCCAACUGUGGCAGCAAAGACAGAAACACCACCAUGAGCAGCACUAUAGGAAAAGUUAUCAAGUGCCAAGCUGCUAUUACCUGGGGUCCUGGGGAGCCAUUUUCUAUUGAAGAGGUGGAAGUGGGUCCCCCACAGGCAAAGGAAUUACGCCUAAAGAUUGUGGCUACAGGGUUAUGUGGGACUGAGCUAAAGAUUCUACAAGAUUUAUAUCCCCUUCCUUAUCCCAUUAUCCUGGGUCAUGAAGGAGCUGGGAUUGUUGAGAGUGUGGGAGAAGGAGUGACAUCUGUGAAAACAGGAGACAGAGUCAUUACGCUUUUUCUUUACCAGUGUGGCGAAUGUGCCUUUUGCCUAAAUUCUGAAAGCAACUUGUGUUUGAAGAGAGGUCCUUCUUCAGGUUCUGGAUUGAUGGAUGAUGGUUCCAGUAGGUUUACCUGUAAAGGGAAACCAAUUCAUCAUUUUAGUAACACCAGUACCUUCACCGAAUAUACAGUGGUGAGGGAGACCUCAGUGGCCAAGAUCGAUGUGGCCAUACCUCUGGAGAAAGCAUGUCUGUUUAGCUGUGGCUUUUCCACUGGGUAUGGGGCCGUGCUGAAUACAGCCAAGGUCAAACCUGGUUCUGUCUGUGCUGUCUUUGGCCUGGGAGGAGUUGGCAUGUCAGUGAUCAUGGGCUGCAAGGUGGCUGGUGCUUCACGUAUCAUUGGAGUGGAUAUCAACAAAGACAAAUUUGCAAAAGCCAGAGAGCUAGGAGCCACUGACUGCAUUAGCCCUCAAGACUUGGAAAAACCCAUUCAGGAAGUGCUAUUUGACAUGACUAAUGGUGGAGUGGACUAUUCCUUCGAGGUUAUUGGAAAAGCAGAUACCGUGGCAGCUGCUCUAGCCUCCUGCAACAUCAACUCUGGAGUCACUGUGAUUGUUGGAGUAAUCUCUCCAGGAGUCCAGCUCACCCUGAAUGGAAGGUUAUUCUUCUCUGGUCGUACCAUGAAGGGAUCUGUUUUUGGAGGAUGGAAACGCAAUGAAUUUGUCCCCAGGCUGGCUUCUGAUUACAUGAAAAAGAAAUUUAAUCUUGAUUCGUUAAUUACUGACACUUUACCUCUUGAGAAAAUCAAUGAAGGAUUUGAGUUGUUGAGGACAGGAAAGACUAUCCGCUGUGUCCUGUUGCUUUAAAUAGUAACACUGUCCAAAGAACAGCUUCUCCACAAUGGCCUCCAUGUGCUUCAUGAACUGAUGAUCAGAAACAAUUAUGCCAAAUAUUGAAAUGGGUAAAAGAGGCUCAGAGUCACCUAAUAAGAAAUGAUUGAUAUAUGUUUUACAUUGAGUUAAUUAAAUUGAGAACAAUAAUAAAUUUUAAA